AUGUCUGUGCAGCCACAAGACAAGCCUCUGUCACGGGCUAUCAACAAGCGAAGCCUGGCGUCCAACAAGCGAAGCCUGGCUUUCAACAAGCCAAGCCUGGCUUUCAACAAGCCAAGCCUGGCGUCCAACAAGCGAAGCCUGGCUUUCAACAAGCCAAGCCUGGCUUUCAACAAGCCAAGCCUGGCUUUCAACAAGCCAAGCCUGGCGUCCAACAAGCCAAGCCUGGCGUCCAACAAGCCAAGCCUGGCGUCCAACAAGCCAAGCCUGGCGUCCAACAAGCGAAGCCUGGCGUCCAACAAGCCAAGCCUGGCGUCCAACAAGCCAAGCCUGGCGUCCAACAAGCGAAGCCUGGCGUCCAACAAGCGAAGCCUGGCGUCCAAGGCUACCCCGCCCCCGAAUCGCCACCCGGGCCCCUCAGCCGUAGCACUGCCUCCCGCAGCCAGCCCCAGCCCGAGGACAGGGCCAUUCCCCGAGAGAAAGAGGGGGUCAAGCAGCCCAGCAGGCGGCCCAGCCCCAUCCCCCUGGGCUGCCGCACGACCCAGUCCGCCCUACGCACCCCACGCAGCACAGCAGGCAGCCAGCCGACCGCCUCCCCACCACAACCAGCCACCCCCAGCACCGCCCGGCGCACAUUUCCACGCACAGCAAGGCAGGGGCCGCCAGGCGUGGCACCCCCGCGGCCCCGGCACCCGCGACGUCAUCGCCCAGCACCCACAUUUUCCCCAGCACCCACCCGCCGCCCCAGCACGCGGGGCGGGCCCCACCCGCCAGCCCCGCACGGGGCAUUCCCGCCCACCACCGCCCAACCCCCCAGGGGCGGGCAACGCUGCACCUCCGUUUGGAGCCCCUUAUGGGCGCCCAAACCGGACAGAGGAGGGGCCCCGACCCCCGCGCGCUCGGACAUCCGCUCCGCCGGAGCCUGUCUUUUGCAAAGGCACGCAUCCACCCCCGCAGUCUGACGCCACAACCACCAUUCGCAGUUCCAUCCGGCACACAACCGCCCGGGCACACCCACACCGCCCACACCCAGCCCCCACACCACCCCCCACCCCGCAGGGGCCCACCGCCCCAUCCCCCCCCGCGGCCCACCACACCCCCGCCCCCCACACCCGGGCACCACAGGCCGCCAUUCCUGCACCCACACCCGCCGAGGCGACACCCGCCACGACACCAUUCCAGACGCGCGGCCAAGCCCCGCCAACGGCGCACCCCCAUUCACACGUACCGCCCAGCGCCAUUUCCACCGGGCACCGGCACGCGCCCGCACGCGCCACCGCGCGGGCACAGGGGCGCCACAUCCCCCCGCCCCGCACCGCCCCCACCCGCCCACCCAUCACCCCACGCACCACUCCCGCCGCCCGCCAUCCACCGCACAUUCGGCCAGAGAGCUGGGGCACCGCCACCACGAGGGGCCCCCACCCCCCGCCCCGCGCCCCGGGCCCCGCCCGCCCCACCCACGCCCCCGGCCACAAGCCCCCACCCGCCCCACCAGCGAGGCACACAGCUCGCACAGUCACGCGCCCCACCGGGCUCCACGCGCCAAGACGAACUUCAGGGCACAGCCCCCCCCAGCAGCACCACACCUACCCGGCGGCCCGCCGCGCCAGGCCCCCCCCCACACCGAGGAGAAGUGGCGACCCCGCACGCUGCAGAAGAGCGCACCACCAGGCUUCCGUGGGCCGGAGGGCACAGCCACGCGCCCCGUGCAGCCACAUCCCCUCAGCGAAAGCGCCAGCAUCCCGCCUCCCCGGAAAUCUACAUGCCCCUGCGCGCCUAGGGCAGGUGGGGGCCGCAGGCACUAUUCAGCAACAUCCCAAGUGCGCCCGGCAUUUCAGCCCCCAGCACCGGCUGAGGACCAGAAGGGAGGCGGAGAUGUACAUUUCCCUCCAUCCCCCGCAGCACGCCCGCGGAGGCCGACCCACCCGCCCCGCCGCCACAACCCAUUUGCACCAUGCACUCACUCAUCCACGGGGCGGCAUCCAGCGCCACCCCAGCCACAGACCGCCCCACGCCAGCCACCCGGCUCGCCCGGGGGCAUGCCCCGGCCCGCCCGCCACACCCACAGCACACCCGGCACAGCUGCCCCGAGGGCCACACGACUCCCCGCUGCCCACACCGGGCGGCCACCCAGUUUCCCACACAGGGCCCACCCCCGGUGGGGAGGGAUCGUGUGGCCUGUGCCACCAUCGGGGCGCAGCCACGCCCCUAUCCGCCCCACACCGGCUCGGCACCGCCAGUGCGGAUAGGUUCGCGGGUCCGGCCCGAUUCCUAGGGCCGGCGCGGAGCUGCCGGGCACCCCCUGGGCAACCCGGGGCCACAGCCCAUCCCCCACAGCCCACCCCCGCGCGGCCCCGGCCGGCACGAGGGCCGCCGGCGUUUCUGCGAAGCUCGCAAUGA